AUGACUGAUUUAACAUUUAGUGAAGCCGAAGUUUCUUAUGUGUUGAGAUCACUUGAUUCAAGUAAAGCAACAGGUCCUGAUGGUAUUCCUGCAAGACUACUGAGGGAAGCAGCAGAUGUGAUAACACCUUCCCUGCAAGCAGUUAUUUCAGGAACAAUAGCAGAUGAAUGGAAAUUGGCUAAUAUUGUGCCCGUGCACAAGAAAGGUGACAAAGAGUAUGCUGAAAACUAUCGCCCAAUUUCCCUAUUAUGUAUUACAUCGAAAGUUCUGGAACGCUGUAUCCUAAACAACAUAAAAACUCGUUUGUAUGAUGCAGUUAACAUGUGUCAACAUGGGUUCAUGGCCGGGAGAUCUUGCAUAUCAAACAUCAUCGACACUCUUGACUAUGUUGGAUCGUGUUUAGACAGUGGAGGACAUAUAGACAUGUUUUAA